CGCACGGACCACCAUCGACACACUUUCCAUUUAUGGAAUACGGAAAACUCGUCAGUGGCUAAAACUUAACAGACAGCAAGUUGUUCUGCCGCAAGAUGUCUCGAAUAUUUCGUCGGUCGCUCAGUUCCUUCAAAAGAGCUCCCCAACUUGCUCAACCAUUCCCAAUUGCUGAGGACAGCGCUCAGUUCGCUGCUCACCUAAAUAACGUCUUCCCCUCCCUCCAUUUUCCUCCAGAGCUUGCACAACGUAUCCUCACCCAUGGAAGUCACAAGGCAGCUAUUCACGGUCAUAAUGGACGGCUCAGCUUUAUAGGGCGUCGCGUGCUCGAGUCUUAUUACCUGCUCUUCCUCCACUCUGUCGCCCGGAACCAAAAUCAUCAGCACGACUAUGAAUAUCUCUCUUCUCGCGCUUUAAACACCUACCUCCUGGGCGAACACGUCGCCCCUCGAUGGUCUCUGGGUCGUAUUCUGCGAUGGACUCCUACUGUCUCCCAAGAUGUUCUACUGGCCCACAAAAAACUAAAAAGUUCAUCUGGAAAACAGCACGCAGAAGUUGACUCAGACAUUCAAUCAAUGGGAAAUCCUGGUAUCGUCAGAAGUGUAGGUCUUUACAAAGUUAUGGGUGACGCGGUGCAAUCUGUGAUGGGUGGUGUCUAUCAUCAAUUUGGUGGUUCUGUGGCUCAUCGCUUGUUUCACACUCGCAUUCUCCCGCAUAUUCUGUUGCCAGACCAGGCUGAGGGAGUGCCCGUGGAUUUCCAUCGCCAGGCACUGUUACUUUGUGAACGCAUGGGUGGAGUGGACGGGAAUCUGUUAGUUCAAGAGCUUGCGUCAAAUCGUGCGCCGUCGGAGCUUGAGCUCGAGGUUGUAGAGACAAUCCAGCCGAAACAAGUUGCGGCUGCUAGCUCAUGAGUGUACAUGACUCUCAUCAUCUAUCAUGUUUAUUUUAUGGAUCGCAUUAAUUGCAACACCGUUCUAGAAGUCAUGCUGGUGUGUCACUUGAGAGCAAGACAUUAAUGCAUCAUGACAGGUCUCCUACCUGAUGUGGGCGUAACACCAUUGGAGGACUAACACCAAUGAUGCCACCUCGCUGCGGCGCACUCAAAGUUAUACUUCUGAUUGACUGGACGUCAUCACCUGGUUCCGGGAGAAGCCCGCAGGCGAAAGCGCAUCAAAUCAACACUGUGCUACACGCCCGGCUCAUAUUCUAGCACUUCCGUAACUCGUUCGCAAAAGGUCGCUGUGAUCAUUAACUUCAUAAAUGUGCGACAUAUAACUUCAUGUGCACACUGACCCGCUCGAAAGCACAUGCAUUUGGUGG